AUGGCCGGCACGGGCCCGUCGCUCGCCAGUGCCUUUCGCGUCCUAGGCGGCGCAGGCCAGGACAAGCUCCUGUACCUUAAGCACAAGCUGAGGACCCUGCGGCCCGGCGGGCGGGGGGCCGACCUCCUGCACGCCAUGGUGCUCCUGGCGCUGGGCCAGGAGACCGAGGCCAGGAUCUCCCUGGAGGCCCUGCAGGCGGACGCCGUGGCGCGGCUCGUGGCCCGCCAGUGGGCCGGCGUGGACGGCGGCGCGGAGGCCGCGGAGGAGCCCCCGGACGUGUCCUGGGCCGUGGCCCGGCUGUACCACCUGCUCGCCGAGGAGAAGCUGUGCCCGGGCCCGCUGCGGGACGAGGCCUACCGGGCGGCCCUCCGCGUCUUCGGCGCCAGGGACGACCCCCAGCUCCGGGAGCUCCAGGAGGAGGCCCGGGACCGGUGCGGCUGGGACGUGGCCGGGGACCUGGGCCACUUCCAGCCGCUCCACUCUGCCCUGGGCUGCCUCCCGCCCUCCUCCGCACCCCCCUCCAGGACGCGCAGCCAUCCUCAGCCCAUCCAGGACCCCUUGGGCUGGAGCAGGGGGUGCUCCCUCAGGUCCACCGGCAGCCCGGCGUCCCUGGCCAGCAACCUGGAGAUCAGCCAGUCGCCCACCGUGGCCCUCCUCAGCCAGCACCGCAGCCCCCCGGGCCCCAGCAAGCUGUGUGGGGAGCCCCCGGUGCCCGAGCCUGAGCAGGUCCGCGCAGCCUGCCAGGAGCCCGUGGAGAUGAGCUGGCCCUCGUCGGCGGAAGAAAGGGCCGACACCCUGGUGCCGUCAACUAGCCCGGCCCCCGGGCUUCCCGAGGUCACCGAUGCAAACCCUGCUGGCCUGCCCGGCGCCGCUGACGCCCCCGGCACCAGCACCCACUUCCCAGUGGAAUGCACAGAAGCCCCCCGGGCACCAGCCCCCAAGUCUCUCCCCUCGCCCCCCAGAAACACCUGCCUCGUCGAGGACCCAGAGCCACUACAAACUCCCGUUAAAGAUACUACUUCCCCCACGGCCCAGCCGAGCCCACCCACCUCCUCCGCCCCCACAACGUCCCCUCCCGACCCUUCCCUCCCUCCGCCUCCUCCCGCUCCCCCGGCCACCUCCUCCAGCCCGUGUCCCCCGGCCCCCGAGUUCGAGCCGUCCGAGCAGCAGAAGUUCUUCAACUUCGUGGUCCUGCACGCCAAGGCGGACGAGCACACCGCCCUGCGCGUCCGGGAGAGGCUGGAGGCCCUGGGCGUGCCCGACGGGGCCACCUUCUGCGAGGACUUCCAGGUGCCCGGGCGCAGCAGCCUGCACUGCCUGCAGGACGCCAUCGACCACUCGGCCUUCACCGUCCUGCUGCUCACGGCCAACUUCGACUGCCGCCUGAGCCAGCACCAGCUCAGCCAGUCGCUGAUGAGCAGCCUCACGCGGCCGGGCUGGCAGGACUGCCUGGUCCCGCUCCUGCCCCAGGAGACCGCCCGGUCCCAGCUCAGCCCGGCCACGGCCCGCCUGCUCGCCGGGCUGGAGUGGCUGGACGAGCACUCCCCGGUCUUCGCCAGGAAGGUAGCCAACACCUUCAGGCCUCAAAGGCUCCGGGCCCGCAAGGCCCUCUGGAGGAAGGAGCAGGACGCCCAGGCCCUGCGGGAGCAGCAGGAGUACCUGGAGGGCGAGCGGCAGCGGGCGGCAGCCGUGAGCGCCGCGUACGCCGCCUACGUCCAGGCCUGCUCGGCCUGGCAGGCGCAGGUGGAGCAGCUGCAGGCCGCCUUCAGGAGCCACAUGCCCUUCGGGGCUCAGGUGCCCUCUGGGGGCCCGGGGCCCCUGGGGGCCCCACCACCACCCUUCCCUGCGUGGCCCAGCUACCCGCCACCCACCCUGCCUCCGUGGCUGGUUGGCACCCCCAGCCCGGCCUCCCCGCCGGCCCCGCCUGCGCCCCCUCAGAGCCCGGGGCUGCAGCCCCUCAUCAUCCACCACGCGCAAAUGGUGCAGCUGGGGCUCAACAACCACAUGUGGAACCAACGCGCGGCCCCGGCGCCCGAGGACCAGGCCCGGGAAGCGGAGUGACCGAAGGACAAAGCCUGACGACCGUGACGCCAGACCCCCUUCGGGCUGGAUCUUGGAGGGACCUCCCCCCAUGUUCCGGGGAUGAGUAGACAGUGGGGUCAUCUGCUGUUUUCAGGACGUUGCUGGGGAUGCCUUUAUGUCUCGGGAAAUUGUGCAGAAUGGGCCCCAGUAGAAAAAUAUGCUACUGAGAGGCCAGAAUCGGACACGGUGUUGACAGGCUAUGGGGAUGAUGGUGGUGGCAGGCAAUGGGCUGGGGACCGACCGUAAGCACCGUGUUUUAAUUAUAAGUAUUUAUUGAGUGCUUCUCCAGCACUGUUCUCCUCUGCGAGGCGAUCGGUAAAGACGGAAACAUGCCUACGGAACUAAAAGGGGAAACUGAAGAGAAAAACACACUUCUCCUUACAAAUGGCUGAGCCGGGCAUUUCCGGUGUUGGCUGAUUUCAUUGGGCAGAACUUGUCGCUCGGCUCCUCUCCGGCUGCAAGGGUACCUGGGACAUGCAGUCUUCUGACGGGCCGUGUGCUUUCCUAAAGCGACUUCCAAUACUAGAGGAGAGGAAAGGGAUCGGGGAUGCUGGCAGUUUCUGCGGCAGAUCUUUGGGGGGAGGGGUGUGAGUGUGCCCUGAUGCCCUCAGCAAGGCUGGGCUCAGAUCCCACUGUGUGAUUUGAGGCAAGUGUCUUCCCCUCUGAGCCUCUGUGUUCUCAGGAGUGGGUUUGAUUCCUGUGUUUCAAGGUCAUCGCUAAGGUGUCCCUGACACUGCAACCCCAGGGACAGUGCGAAGGCUCACUAGCCGCGUAUGGGCAGGGAGGGGAUUCAUCUUUUCUGGAGGCUUUACAAAAUCUAAGCAUAUUUCCAUCUCUCCACACGACUUCCGGAGGUAGACGCUUCUAUGGUUGGGCCCAUUGUCCAGAUGGGGAAAACUGAGGCCUAAAGAGGUGAAUUCUGGAUUGGAACCGGGGAGAUUACAACCCAAGAAGCCAAACUCCAAGGGAGGAGAUGGUGGGAGAGCCCAGGAAGGCGACUCUGGGCGGACAGAGCCCAGUAGCUGGGGGCCCCGACCCCCCAGCUGUCUGAUUUGCACAUUCACUUUGCAUGCCCUUUCCCUCAGUGCUUGCCGCCCCAAGGGCAGGCCUGGUGUGAUUCACCCAGGCUGUCCUCCCCACUCGCUCUCAGUGGCUGGCUGACUCAGAUUUUGUGAGGGCUCUGCUCCCAGCCUCCAGAAAGACGAAGUGAAACCUGGGGGAGGAAAGCCUGCCAUAGGGCUCUGGGGCGGGUGGGGCGGGACGGCUUCUGGAGGUGAGAGCCAGCGGCAAAUAACAAUAGUGGCAGCGAAUAUUUGUCUCCUCUGACCUGCGUGGACUGAGUGCCUGCCAGGGUUUUCCCAGGCAGUGCGGUGCAGUUGGAGGUGGAGGGGAGGGGAGCAGGGAGUGAGUCAUCAAAUAAGGAAGCCAGAUAGCAGGGCCAGGUGAUGGGAGUGUCUCCGGAGAGGGACCUUUGGCCCAGGUGCCAGAGAGGCCUCCCUGAGCCAAGAUCUGGAGGAAGAGAAGGAACUGGCUGUGGAAAAGUCAGGUGGGCUGGGGUGGGGAUGGUCUGGCCAGAGGAUACAGCCAGGGCAAAGGUCCUAGGGUAAGCCAUGUUUGACCUGUUGGAGGAACAGCCCCGAGGGGACAGAGGGAGGGAGGCAAGGAAGGAGGAGUCCAGGAGAGGCAGGUCGUGUACAGCCCUGUUUGCCUUGUGGGCUACGGGGAGGACUUGGAUCCCGCUGCUCCCCUCCCUCCCCCCACCCUCCCAAGGGAGGUGGCAGCCCUGGAGAGCUGUGCCCUGAGAAGAGAGGGACCUGACAAAGGCGCUCACAGGUGCCCCCUGGGGGCUGCUGUGGGAAGGGCAGACGGGGCCAGGGUGGCAGCUAGAGGACUAGGGCAAGUGGGCUUAUGUCCUCCUCCCAACAGCCCCAGGAACUGGCGACUGUCAUUGUCCCCAAUGUACAGGUGAGGAGACAGGCCCAGAGAGGUCAGGUUCCUUGUACAAGGUCACACAGCACAAAAGUAACCUUCAGGAGCAGGAGAAAGAGCCAGAGGUCUCUCUCAAAUUCUGGCCCACACAGAAACCGAGCAGCCUGUUAAUUCGUUGUGUUGGUUUUUAAAUUCUUUGAAAUGUCCUUGUUAACUUCAUUAUUUGUUUCUCCACCACACCGUGCCCACCCUGGGAGGCCGGGACAGGUCUGUCUUGGUCACUGUGGUGUUUUCAGAAGCCAGUACCGGGCCUGGUACAUACUAAGUGGGUGGUCAUUUUGAUAGCUGUUGAGCACCUGCUGAGUGUGAGCCUGCGGGGGAUUGUGGGUACACAGACCUGCUACCUGGGAGGAGAAUGUCGAUUCAUCUGUCCACGAAACCAGCCAACACGUACUGGGGCCCUACGUGUGCAGGCCCUGUGGGCACCCUGGGGGUGACCCGGGACAAUGCUGUUCUGUCCGUUCAGUGCGUGUGGCCCAGUGCCAGAGACAGGCUGUUGGGGGUAAUGGGGGCUGUGAUGGGGAAAUGUAGAGGGGCCCUUGGUCAGCCUCGGGGAAUUGAGAAGCUGCUGGAAGGAAGGGGGAAGUUAGCUAAGACCUUAGGAAUGGGCUGUGGGUUAGGAAAACAGCCGGCAAAAGCCUGCAGGGGCGGCCCAGUUAGGGGCUCAGCUAUAAUCCCUGUUGCACUAGCGCCCUCUGGUGGCCACCAUCGGCCUGGGUGUUUCCUGGGGGACAUCCCAUGCCCCCUCUAGGCCAAACAGCUUUAAAGAAAAAUAGGGAAAUUCUCUUGAAAAUUAUCCCCUUUAAAAACUGUGAAAUGUGAAUAAGUAACGGAUAUUUGGUUUGGGAGGUCAGUACUGUGUCCCUGCUUGGAACGAUGUCUUUCUGAGAUGGACAGUUUCCGGAUGUUCUCCCACCUCCGGGCCACAGAAGCUAGUGCUUUACCCAGUGUCACCGCACAUGCGCAGCUGUGGCUUGGCUCGGGCAGAACGGGGACAGGAGGUGGGCUGCAUCUGAACCUCACAAAUUUAUGUAUUCAAGUGUGAUUGUCCCGCUGCCUGGUGAGACAGAGGAGGUGACAGACCUCCCCCCAACCCCACCACAAGUCUCCCCAAUCAUCAAUGUAGCGCUACACACAAAUGCACAAUCAACAGGGGGGUAUCUAAGUUUACAUUCGGUUGAACAAGGAAUACAUUCUCACUCAAAAGGUACCAAAGAGGAAUCGGCAUAAAGUUGCCCUCUCUUCUCUGCCCCAGCCACCCACUUUCCCUCUAUUGAUUUGUAUCCAAUCCCUGCCCUAGCAGCAGCCAGAGGACCCCUCUGAGCACCCAAGUCAGGUCAUUUCUCCCCUCUGCCCUCAGCCCUUCAGGGACCCCAACUCCCUCCCUCAGCAUACAAGCCCAAACCUUGCCCCUGCCCGUGGGGCUGGGUGGAUAGAGCAUCAGCCUGUGGACUGAAGGGUCCCAGGUUCAACUGUGGUCAAGGCCACAAGCCUGGGUUGUGGGCCCAAACUUC